UCAAAGUGUUCGGCCGGCAGCACGAGGCUUUUUCACGGUUAACCUGUGUCAUCAUCGGUUGAAAGGAAACCGGCAUUUAAUGGUUUUGGGAAACAAAUUUUGAUACUUCACGGCGAGAACAGGAUAUCUUUCCUUAAAAAAUGCCUUCCAGUCAGCCACUACCUCCAAAAGAAAAUGCCCUGUUCAAAAGAAUUCUGAAAAGUUACGAACAAAAGCAGUAUAAAAAUGGACUUAAGUUUGCCAAACAAAUUCUCAGCAACCCAAAGUUUGCUGAACAUGGAGAAACACUGUCAAUGAAGGGGUUGACCCUCAAUUGUAUGGGCAGGAAGGAAGAGGCUUAUGAACAUGUACGCAGAGGUCUCCGUAAUGAUCUUCAGUCUCAUGUCUGUUGGCAUGUCUAUGGUCUGCUUCAAAGAUCAGAUAAAAAGUAUGAUGAGGCAAUCAAAUGCUACCGCAAUGCAUUGAAAUGGGAUAAAGACAAUGUUCAAAUAUUGAGGGACUUGUCACUUCUUCAGAUCCAGAUGCGUGAUCUUGAAGGAUAUAGAGACACCAGGUACUCUCUCUUGAGGUUACGGCCUGGUCAACGAGCUUCUUGGAUUGGAUUUGCCAUGGCUUAUCAUCUCCUUCAUGAUUAUGACAAUGCUCUCCAAGUGUUGGAAGAUUUCAGAAAAACUCUAACAAAAUCCAACUAUGACUAUGAACAGAGUGAGCUUUUACUCUACAUGCAUCAAGUUAUGUUUGAAGGUGGUCUCUACCAGAAAUCACUUUCUCAUCUUCAGCAGUUUGAAGACCAAAUUUGUGAUAAAUUAAGUCUGAUGGAAGCACGAGCUCAACUCUACCUCAAGCUCGAUCGCAAACAUGAAGCCGAAGAAGAAUACCGUAAAUUGUUGAAUCGCAACCCCGACAAUCGACAGUAUUACUUUGGAUUAGAAGAAGCCCGUGGAUUAACUACAGAAGAUGAAAAGCUGAAGCUCUACGCUGAGCUUCGCGAGUCCUUCCCACGAGCUGCGUUGGCCCGAAGAAUACCAUUGAACUAUGCCAGUGGCGAAAUGUUCCGCAUCCUAGUAGACCAAUAUCUUCGUCGGGCACUGCACAAAGGCGCUCCUCCUUUAUUCGUAGAUUUACGUUCGCUCUACACACAGCCGGGCAAGGCGGCCGUCAUUGAAGAACUUUUACUUGGCUACAUAGCUAGUUUAACAAAAUGUGAACGAUUCGACGAACAAGAUGCGAAGGACAGUCCAGCAGAGCCAGCUUCAGCUAUCCUGUGGACUUACUAUUAUCUAGCUCAGCAUUACGACUUCCAUAAGGAUUCCGCUAAAGCAAUGCAUUACAUUAAUUUGGCUAUAGAACACACUCCCACACUGAUCGAGCUCUAUGUGACAAAAGGGCGAUUAUAUAAGCAUGCCGGAAAUCCGAUCGAAGCAUACCGUUGCUUGGAUGAGGCUCAGUCUUUAGACACUGCCGAUCGGUAUAUCAAUUCAAAAUGCGCAAAAUAUAUGCUGAGAGCUAACCUUAUCGACGAAGCAGAAAUGACGUGCUCAAAAUUUACAAGGGAGGGUGUUUCAGCUAUGGAGAAUUUGAACGAAAUGCAGUGCAUGUGGUUCCAAACCGAAUGUGCGGUGGCAUAUCAACGUAUGGGAAAAUGGGGGGAGGCAUUGAAGAAAUGCCAUGAAGUAGAAAGGCAUUUUAUCGAAAUCAUCGAAGAUCAGUUUGAUUUCCAUACGUACUGUAUGCGAAAAAUGACGCUGCGAGCUUAUGUCGGUCUUCUUCGUCUGGAAGACGUCCUGCGCUCACACCCUUUCUAUUUCAGUGCUGCACGAUGCGCCAUUGAAGUCUACUUACACUUGCACGAUCAUCCACUUCGCGACGAGCCAACAAAAGAGGAGCUCCAAGAGGCUUCUCUACCACCGGUUGAAUUGAAGAAGUUGCGCGCCCAACAACGCAAGGCGGCUAAAAAAGCCGAACAAGAGAAGCAAGAAAAGCUGCUACAACAGCAACGUGAGCAGCGAGAGCGGGAGCAACGCGAAAGAGAGCAGCGCGACCCGCACAGUCACCACCAGAAACGGCCCCAUAAUCAGCAAGACAAAGAAGCCGAUGCCCCACCCGUCGACGACUUGCAACCCCAGAAGUUAGCCAGGGUCGAAGACCCGCUUGAACAAGCAAUCAAGUUUUUGCAACCGCUGCAAGAAUGGGCCUCUAAUCGUAUCGAAACCCAUCUACUGGCUUUCGAAGUUUAUUUGAGAAAAGGCAAGCCACUUCUGAUGGCCCAAUCGGUAAAGCGUGCCUUAAAGGUAGAUCCCAACCACCCUCAAUUGCAUUCUUGUCUCAUCCGGUUGCAUCGUUUCCUCACCAAUGGCGACCUGCUCAACGAGAACGUCUCGCACCCCGCCGUGGCCUCGGUGCUGAAGAGUGAAACCCAGCCGCUGUUCCGUCAUCAUCAAGAGGCCGAGCAGCUCAACAAAGAGUUCUUGGAGGAGAACGCCAACUCUCUCCCUCACUUACUGCAAGGAGCCAAAAUGAUGUGUUUUCUCAAUCCCACUCGUGAUGCAGAAGCAGUGUCCCUUGUCACCCGGCUUUCCGACGCCCAUCAGGGUGUAACGGUUCAGACUUGCAUAGACAUAUUGAAAGCGUUGCAAAAAGGUGAAUUUGGCGAAGCUGGUCGCAACGAAAUCAGCAGCUUCAAAGCAGCGUGCCACCAGCGCAUGCCCCACGCCGUCGACUUUUUUUCUGGUCAACAGGUUGCUUUGACCGCGAAUCACAAUCACGCGGUGGAAGAAUCAUUGACAAAUCACGUCUCGAAUUUGACAGUUGAAGACGGAACCAAUUGAACAGCACUUAAUUAAAUAAGAAUAUUAAAGUAAGAGUAACAUCAUUGAGAAAAAAUCUAGGUAUAUGGUCUUUAGCAGUGACGAUUUCACAUCUGUCUUUAUUAUGGUUUCUUUUCAUUUUUAUUUCUUUUUUUUCCUCUCUCGUAUCUGUUUUUUUUUUUUAUUAUUUGUUUUUGUUUUUUCUUCUUUGAGGGUGAAAAGAAACCAAUCGCCCAGAAGCGGAAAUACUUUUGUCAUCUGCUAUUUACACGGAAAUUUCUGGGAUUUUCUUUAUAUACGAAAACCCUAAUCACAAACACCAGCCAUGGAACAAUUUAUUAUUGGUAUUUUUUUUUAGAUUUUUUCUUCUUCUUUUGUCAACAGUAAAGAGUCGAUUGUGUGCCUUGGCUGGAAGUGAAAGUCAGAAUAAUCGUUUUGAAACCAAUACAUUUUUUUC